AUGCUAGUGGAAAUUGCUUUACAAAUUUUACGAAUUGUAUUAAUACUAUUUAUUGUUUUGGGAACAAUUGGUAAUGCUCUCAAUUUAUUUAUCUUUACGCGUCCAACACUAUCAAAAUCAUCAUGUACAUUAUAUCUUAUUGCAGCUUCAAUUGACAAUAUUCUUGUUAUUUAUACAGCAUUAUUAACUCGUCUACUUGCCAAUGGAUUUUCUAUUGAUAUCACAAUAACAUCGAAUGUUAUGUGUAAAUUACGGUUUUAUUUCAGUUAUCUAUUUUUAGCUCUAUCACCAUAUUUCUAUAUAUUGGCUUGUUUUGAUCGAUAUUGUUCAAGUUCAACAUUAGCUUCACGUCGAUCAUUAUGUAAUAAAAAAGUAGCAAAGCGAUUGAUUAUUGGAGCAAUUAUUUUGGCUUGUAUAUUAUAUUUACAUAUGGCAAUAUUCUUUGAAAUAAUUAGAAUAGGUUCUUCUACUAUCUGUAAUGCUCAAUUAGGUCCUUAUGAUUUAUUUUAUCGAAUAUUUUAUCUGAUAGUUUAUUGUAUUUUGCCAUCUUUUUGCAUGGCUAUAUUUUGCAUACUUACUCUAAUUAAUGUUCGUCAACAGUCACGUCGAAUUCAACCGAUAUUAGCAACUGGCAACGAGAAUUCUCAUCGUCUUGAUCGUCAUUUAAUUCGAAUGCUAUUUUCACAAAUUGUAACACAACUUCUUUGUGUUCUACCAUUUGCUACUCUUAAUUUAGUGGCUUUUUUAAUCGAUCGACGUACAGAUUUAUUUUGGUUUCUCAAUCAAAUUUUUACUUUACCAUUAUUUUUUAGUUAUGCAACAAGUUUUUACGUUUUUACAAUGUCAUCUCGUGUUUAUCGACAAGAAUUAGUUAAACUUUUAUGGUUUCGACACGAGAGACAAAAUGUAAGAGAAUUUAGUUUAAAAAGAUUAGCCAAUAGCCAAAAUAUUCAGACAAAAAGGAAUGGUACUACUAGUCAAAGUGCGAAUUAA